AUGUUUAAUUUUGCUGAAUUCGCAAAGAAAAGUUGCUUGUUAAUUGCAGCGGUAUACAACGUCGAAAUAAUUUUGACGGGCAUUUUGCGUCAGAAGCUUGAAAAUUCAUCUCUGUAUCGUGUGACGCCGAACCGGCCUCCUCUGCAGCCUUCGCCGGCACAGUCGAUACAUUCAGCUUUUGGGUCCAAUGACUGUCAUGACAAACUACAGCCACCUUUGUACGUGUUGAAGUUUUCAAGCUUAUCGCAAAAACACGUGAUUAUGCCCAUUGUGUGA